CUUAUUUUAAGUCACUCACAAACAAAUUUUCGUACAAUAAGGAUUAAAACCAAAUUGUGAUAACUGGUAUGAACCAAUUUUAAAAUGUCCAACCUUGAUGAUUUCUUUGCCAAGAAGGACAAUAAAAAGACAAAAAAAAAAACGAAUUACUUGGCCACCGAUGAGUUGUACAAAACGCUGGAGGAAUCCGCAAAGCAAACAACCGAGGCUGGAAAUGAUGCCGAAAAGGUUCCAGGAAACGAAUCUCAGUUGGAGGGUGGUCCCUUGGGAUCCAUCAAAUUGCCUCUGAAACCGAUAGAAUUCGGCAUUUGUUUCUCUGAAGAGACGGUCGACGAUGAGGACGAGUGGCGCGAUUUUACAGAGGAGAAUCGCAUGCAAUAUACGAGUGCCCGCCGUGGCAUUCAACUGAGCCAGAGUUCCACAAUUUUGUCCUCAAUCGCCGGCGGCGAGGUGAAAACUCAGGAUUUGGACCAACGGGAUACCGGUGGCGAUGGCAUCGACGUGGGAGGGGAUGAUGGAAUGCCAAAUAACAAUUGUCCAUGGCAAAAGUUGGAAGGACAAAUUCAGCAGACCCAAAAAAAUUUAAGGCCUGAUGAGCAGUCGGCAAAACAGGAGGAUUUGUUUGAGGUCAAACGUCAAGUCUACGUACCACCUGCUUUGCGCCAGAGCCAAGGUGAUUUCAAUCAGCGUCAUCAGGUGGAAAACCGUCCACGUAACACUCCAUCCAAGAUAUCGGGAAAACCUCAAGCUCCCGAUCUCAACAGUCCCGAGUUUUUCCCCAGUCUCAGCGGCCCUAAAACAACCAAACGCAACAAGUAACCCAGAACAGGAUGGACAUUUUCAAUGAAAUGUUCUAAGUUUUUUUUUUUAUUUGCUGUUCUAAGUUUGCUGAGAUCAAUUAUUUGUGGGAAAGUUUGGACUGCAGAUCCACUCGCUCCAAUAAAAAUGAAAGCAUAGCCCUCUG